UGGCUCACUUAUCUCUUACAAGGCGUGUGAGGACCGACCUUUACAUUCUCCCAUUGCACGGGAUAAGACACGCGGAUCAUGGCUUUCCAAAAAAGGGCUUUCAUCUUCGCGGCACUUUGCGCAUUCCUCGCGACGUGGCAAGUGUGGGCGCAUGUUGCUGUUGAUAUGGAUGCCGUGGUGAAGGUGGACAGUGGGAGCAGAGCUGAAAUCCCUUGCCGCUGUGUUUUUAGCGACCAGCCCAGUGUGGUGAUAGUGCAGUGGUUUUUUGUGAAGGGAAACACUGGGCGCAGGCAGCGCAUCCACUACAGCAACGGAACAGCUGAGAUUGUGGACAGCGACACAGACUUUGAGGGCCGGAUCAACGUCAGCCGGUCCAAGGCCAGUGGCUCAGAACACGGAGAAGACAUCUCGCUGGUUGUGAGGGAUAUACAGCUGGCCGAUAUGGGGGGCUACAUCUGCCAGGUCAACGCCAUGUCUGAGGGCAACAAGGAGGGCACAACCCAGCUAAGGGUUUUUGUGCCUCCGGACAGUAUCCACAUUCACGGAGUGCACUCCGGUAUCUCUGUCACCAGUGCGGAGCCCUCCAAGAUUGCGGAAUGUGAGGUUCGGAAUAGCUACCCCAAACCCAACAUUACCUGGUACCGUGACGUCACUCCUCUCCGGAACGUUGAAGACCGGGUCACCAUAAGCGACCUUGAGACACAGGAAUCCAGUGGCCUUUUCACCGUGCAAAGUGAGCUGCAGCUAACAGUGAACAAAGAGGACAAGGACGUCUUCUUCUACUGCGAGGUCAAUUACCAUGUUUCCAGUGGGGCGAGCAUGAAGGAGUCGAAGCACAUCAACAUUACUGUGUACUAUCCGCCGACAACCGUGACGCUCAAGCAGAUCUCUCCAGACAUCGGGACAAAGGAAGGGGACACAGUGAAGAUCCAGUGCGACUCUGAUGGGUUUCCGCCACCAGAACUCAGCUUCAAGCGAGGAGAGAAAGAGUUAGGCUCAUCUAUGGGCCUGCUGGUCUUACACAAUGUGACCCGAGCAGACAGCGGAGAAUACAAGUGUGCUGCCCUGGAUUAUGACACUUUUCUGGAGACAGUGGGGACAAUUAAUAUUGAAGUACACCAUCUGGACCAUGCUGUGAUGCGGCCCAAAGAAAAGGUUGUUGUACAGGGCGAGGACACAAUGGCCACAUGCAAUGCCCAAGCCUCCCUGCCCACCCGCACUGUGUGGUUCAAGAAUGGCGUUUUUGUCAGUGAGGGGCACACACUGGUCCUGGAGAACGUCACGUUCAAGAGUGCCGGGGAGUACAUCUGUGAGGUCUCAGUGCCCACUCUCUCUGAACUGCAGGUCAAUGGUUCCACCCUCAUCAUUGUGGAGGGAGCCCCGGAGAUCAGAGACCCUGAAGCCAUCGUCAUGGAGGAGAGCUUGAAGAAGUCUGUGAACCUGAGCUGUGAGGCGUGGGGGUACCCCAAACCCACCAUCACCUGGACCCACGACGGUGGCCAGAACUGGCAUGAGUCAAACAGAGACACUCCAAAUGGCGCUCAGAGUGUGGUGACCUUCACAGUGACCUCUGACCUCACAGCCUCCUGCAAUGCAACCAAUGACAUCGGCACAAUCUCUAAAUCAUUUAACAUCAAAGCCAUUCCCCUGACCACCUCAAGCACCAAAGCAGUAACCAUAUCCCCGGUUCCGAAGAAGGGUAAAAAAGAGGGCAGUGGCGUGAUCAUUGCAGUCAUCAUCAUUUGCAUCCUCCUGCUGGCCAUCCUGGGCAGUGUGAUGUACUUCCUGUACAAGAAGGGCAAGCUCCCCUGUGGGCGCUCGGGCAAACAGAACAUUACUUCAGAGAAGUCCAGUAAAGAUGACAUCAUUACAGAGAUGAAGAGUGAGAAAAGUGAGGAAGCUGUGCUUCUACAGGGCGUCAACGGGGAGAAGAAGUCCCUGAAUGACCAGUAAAGGGUGAGCAGUACAUGGAUGUGGAGAAGUAAGGAAGAUGAGGGGAGGCGUCUUCUGAUCCGGUCCCCUGGCAGGAGGAAGAGCUUCCCUGGAUACUCCCGCUAGGCACACCUAAUGCUUCUGUAUUUCUCUGGAGGUGUGGCAGUGUAGCUGUAAACACAAACUCAAUGAAUACUCCACUGCAGGACUCAAGCAACAUUAGAUGUCUAAGAUUCCUUUUCAUCAUUUACCCUGAAUGCCAUAUCGGGCAUUAUAUGAUAAUGGUGGUCUGCCAAUAUCUGUAAAUAUUAUAUAUUAUUAUAUAUUAUACAUAUUUACAGAUAAUUUACAGAUAUAGUAUAUAUAUAUUUAGUUAUUUAAAAUAACCCAACAAAAAAACCCUUUAAAAACACAAAUGCUUUAUCCAUCACCACUGAGUUUCUAUAGCUUUUCUGUUUUUAAGAUUGAAGUAUUGAACUCCCGAGUGAGAGGUUUGGGUAGGUGUGAGGAAUGCAAGAGGUAUGUGGCAGGUGUGUGUGAGAUGCAUGAGAGACGUGUGAGGCAUGUAAAAGGCGUGUGAGGUGUAUGUGAUGCGUGUGUGAGGCAUGUAAAAGGCGUGUGAGGUGUAUGUGAUGCGUGUGUGAGGCAUGUAAAAGGCGUGUGAGGUGUAUGUGAUGCCUGUGUGAGGUAUGUACACGGCGUGUGAGGUGUGUGUGUGACUCGUGUGGGGCAUGUAAAAGGUGUGUGUGAUACGUGUGUGAGGUAUGUACACAGCGUGUGGUGUGUGUGACGCAUGUGAGACUGCACUCCUGCAUGCUCUUCAGGUCUAUACACUGAACCCCAGAGAGGCCUACCAAACAGGCUCCUCAGCACUGCACAUCACAGACUCACAGCUGUUACAUUUUACACAUGGUCUAUUAUACUGGUGUCUGGCUGCGACAAUGCAUCUCUGGAGCACCGGAGAUGACAGAAACGAUGUUUGAAAGUUGAAGGUUUUCUUGGCAGGAAAGUAUCAGCAUACUGUAGGACACUAGCUUUGCUUAGUAUUAUCUCUGUUGUGAAUGAUCACAGUAUAUCUGCAUUUGCCUAUCAUUCAUUUUCAUAUGCAAAUUGCAUUCUGGUUGACUGCAGACAGGCAAUGAGUGGCUCGGCAAGGGUCAGAUGUUUGCUGUUCAGGUCUUAGGCUUUUUCUGGAAAGUUCACUCACAGAAAGUGAUUCUAGAAUUUGAUUUGUACAUUGUUAAGCAGGUUCAUUUUGUUGGAAUGCCUUGUACCUGCAGCUGCAGGGAGGACCAUUACAAUUAUUUCAGUUAAAACAAAAUGGCUUCUGUUUAGCAGCCAUGAAGAUGGUUGCAUCACACUGUGCUUUUAAAGCAAAGGGACCCUGGAAUGCAGGGGAGGUUGCGUGUGGUAAUGGCGAUUAUGGGGGGGGGGGGGCAGUCUGCUCUUGGGGAGUUGUGGCCAGCACGGCGGCUGGGUGGCGAUGGUCAGGGUUCAUGGUUGUGCGCUGUGGAGUCUCUCUCCCAUCUUCCCAUGAAUUCUCAUGAUGUGACUGCCGAUGAACCCCAAGAGGACGGUCAGAGGGCCGAGUCGUCUAAACUAACAGUAAGUCAAUGAAGAGCUUAUGUUCCCAGCUCCUCCAAGGACCAACAAACACCCUCCCUCCACUGUCCCUCCAGGGCCAGGGCCACAAUCCUCCACUGCGGUCUGAGAUUUGUGCGGGGUCUGUGCGGCUGAAACAGCGGCAGAGUGCUGCUCAAUUCAAACAGUUCUCCUACAUAAACUACUGACGAGGUCUCCCACUGUGUGUAAAUAUCUGCAGGGUAGAUGAUCACUGGACAACUGGAUUCCAGUGCAAGGCGACGGCUUUAGCCUACCGUUGUGAAAUAGCCAUAUUACACAAAAAGCACAAAGCAUGGGGAAUUUUGCUUGUGCAUUGUUUUUGUUUUUUUUUUCCUCAUGAAAAAGUGAGACGCACUGAAAUAUGUUUGGAUUGUGUAUAUUAAGCCUGUUUUAUGAACUUUGUUUGGCAUUACUGCAGUGUGGUUGUCUUUUAUUGAUGCGAUGUUCUGAGAUACUGUACGGUAGCUAAUAUCACCAAACAUCACACGAUCUUUAUCGAAAAUACUAGGUCUUAUUUGGAAUAUAGAGCUUACUAAAACUCAACCAGUCACAACAGUUAAGUCAGCCUUUGCUUAUUAACUUAUUAACGGAUGUUUGUUGAACUGCUUUCUAUCAAACGAUUCUGAAGUGCAAAUACAUCAGAUUAUACAGUACUUAAGAAUCUGAAGUUCAUAAUAUUACAGAUAUUAGUCAUCUUGCAGAUAGAAGGGAUCAUUUGCACCAUGUUUUAUUUUGCUUGCUUUUACAAUUGCAACAAGAUCAUUAUUUUUUUUUAUUUUUGCUUUUUCAGAUCAGUUGUUGGACAUAUUCAUGGUCUCAAAGUAUAUUUGAGUACACAGUAUAUUUCUUAUUCAGGAGACCAAUGGCAAACAUGAUUCUCUAAUUAUUUAUUAGAUGUUACCACCAUUGGAAGAAAAGACACUCACAGUUGUGGAUGGAAAGUUACAGGAGUUAGAAAUUCCUGUUGAUUUUAAGUGUUAUAAUCCUGUAUAGAUCCCCUCCGGUUUUCUACAGCUAGAGCCCAUCAGCCUCCUCCUGCUGCCCAUAUUCAGUAACGCUUCCCCCCUGUAGGUCAGGUCUGAAAAUGCACCUGUGUAUGUGGGAAUGUGGUCACAAUUAUUGUUUCUAAUGUUUUUGAUUAAGCGUGUAAAUUAAAUACUUGUAAACCGAUGCUUGCAUUUUGUUUUUACAAUUCUUUUUGAAGUAAACAAUGCCAAAUAAAAAUGACUAUUCAAUUCAA